AUGAUUUCAAUUUUAAAGAGAACCAGCUGGCAGAAGAGUUUUAAAAAUCUUGAAGGGACAAGUCCUCGAAAUUCUAUUCCUGUUUGGUGCAAAAAACGUACACAGAACAUUUGCUUCCGAAAAGGAAAAAAGGAACAACAACACAAGGAUCUCGACGCAUCACCAACCGAAGCAACACACAAACGAAUGUUUAUUGCACACUCGUCGCUUGGCAUCGUCAUCGAGAAUGGACAAAGGCUGAAGCAGACGAAUGCUGUUCAUGCAAAGACGACUCGUCUUCGAUGGAUUCAAGAAAAAAAAAACGCUGAUUCGACCCUGAAAUGCAACUUCUUUAAAACUGGGUCAGUUUCGUCGUUUGAAAUUUUUGUAUGGAUAAAUAUGUAG